AUGUACUCGCCCAAGUUCCUGCUCGCGGUGUGCCUUACCGUGGGCUUGGUGACGGCUUUGCCUAAGGUGGGAUCGACCAGCGAGUUGGAUGGGGAUCUCUACAAUUACAAGCGGGCGGAGGCUGAGCUUGAUGGCGACUUGUAUAACUACAAGAAGCGGGCAGAUGCUGAGCUUGAUGGGGAUCUUUACAACUACAAGAAGCGGGCGGAGGCUGAGCUCGAUGGCGACUUGUAUAACUACAAGAAGCGGGCGGAUGCUGAGCUCGAUGGCGACUUGUACAACUACAAGAAGCGGGCAGAUGCUGAGCUUGAUGGGGAUCUCUACAACUACAAGAAACGGGCGGAUGCUGAGCUCGAUGGAGACUUGUACAACUACAAGAAACGGGCUGAUGCUGAGCUCGACGGCGACUUGUAUAACUACAAGCGCGACGGGGCCGAGCUCGAUGGUGAUCUCUACAACUACAAGAAGCGGGCUGAGGCUGAGCUCGACGGCGACCUCUACAACUACUAA